AUGAAGUGGGAUAAUUCUGAGGUUUGGACGACAAUGGAUGAUUACUUCUUGUCUCUUGGUACAGAUAAUGAGCCUUCCGACUCAGACCCGUUCCCACUAGAUGAGGGUAACUCUUCUGCUGAUGACAUCGAGGUUGACGUUGAGGGGGGCGGUGAUGAGGAGGUGGGUGACAACGGCGAAGGCGCUGCCGAUGCUGGUGUUGGUGCUGAGGAGGAUGGUGGGAAGGGCGCCGCUGCUGAUGGUCAGUGUGGCGCAUCAGAUGGUGGUAACUCCGACGACUCUCGCUCUUCCGAUGAUGCUUCGAGCAAGUCAUACUAG